AUGCUCAUCAGUGGAAACCAUCGUGCUCAGGCACAAUUCGAUCGGGCAAAAUGGCGCCCAAUGGUUAUGAUCCCUACCUGGGUUCUUCAGCUGGGCUUGUCUAUGUCUAUGAUGGGACUUUUCGCCUAUAGAUUGGGCAACAGCAUGAAGGUGAAUAAGGACAGCGACAAGAAGAACGACGAUCCAACUAUUGAGAUUGUGUGGGAGGCUACAAAUGUAGCUCUAUGGUUCGUUGCAUCUCUAUGCAGUUUCGUCGAAAUCGCCAAAUACUUCGCAGAGGCAUUGACUCCAUGGACCAUGCUAUUCACACAUGUCAUAAAGUUGACCUGCGCCAUCGCCACUCUCGCGCUUGAUAUAGUUGUCUACACCGAGAAGCACGACAAGCACUACUCCCUCGUCGGUCUUGGCUUAGACUGCGCUUUUAUCAUCACCUCGCUCGUCCUGGUCUUCUACUCCGUCCGAAGAUACCGUCGUCUUUCUGCUUACGACGAUUACACACACCCUGUCAAUUCUUCCGACAAGCGCUUUUCUUCAGCAUCGUCACGAGCUAGCAUCAUCUCAAAGCGUGAAUCUGUCGAGAUGGGCACUGUCCAGCGAACACCAAGCGUCUAUUCACACAAGCGUGACACCCAAUUCGACGACUAUGUAGCACGUCGCGGCUCCGCCACCAAAGAACGCAUCGGCAGCGGAGACUUUAGUUACGCUGGAGCUCAGGGCGAGGCCCAAGACUCUGGAGCAACACUCACACCAACUCGCCCCAGGGGCGCCAGCAGCGGCCGAGCAGCGAGCUGGACGAGCGACCGAGGUCUCGUAGCUGUACCAGAGGAGGAGGACGACACAGCAGCUGGGAAGGAAUCCAAGGCAGAAAAGGAAAAGAAGGAUCGCGAGGCCCUUUUGGGCAACACUCCUCGCGAGAGCAUUGAUGGCAUAGUUGUUCCACAAGAAGCUGACAUUUCGGAGCCCAGGUGGCAGCGCGAACAGUGA